CGCCCCCGUCGGCUGGCGUGACGUCGAACAAUGCCAGUGCCACGCAACCCCGGCAAGGAGCGAGGCAGAUUCUGAUGUUGGGCUCGGUGCGCGCACGGCGGAGUACUUCAGCAGCUAUGCGGUUUGGAAAGAGGCUGUGUUUUUUCCUGCAGGUUUUCGCUCUUGUGACCCUUCAGGCAGACGGGCAGAAGAAAGAGGGUGCAUCUACAGACGAAGUCCAAGUAGACGUCAUACAUGUCCCCGAAAACUGCCAGCCAAAGAGCAAGAAGGGGGAUAUGCUUAAUGCCCAUUAUGACGGGUACUUGGCCAGUGAUAAAUCCAAGUUUUAUUGCAGUCGCACACAAAAUGAUGGCCAUCCGAAAUGGUUUGUCCUUGGUGUUGGACAAGUAAUUAAAGGCUUAGAUAUUGCAAUGCUAAAUAUGUGUCCUGGAGAGAAACGGAAAGUGAUCAUACCUCCUUCAUUCGCCUAUGGAGAGCACGGUUAUGAACCCGCAAAGAUUCCACCGAAUGCAACAUUGAUCUUUGAGAUUGAACUGUAUGCAGUAACAAAAGGACCCCGCAGCGUUGAAGCAUUUUCUCAAAUAGACUUGGAUAAUGACAAAAAACUCUCCAGACAUGAGUUAGACUAUUAUUUGAAGAAGGAAUUUGAAAGAGAUGGCAAGAAACGUGACCCAUCUGUUCAUGAGAAUGUUUUGGUUGAUAUAUUUAAAAGGAAUGACCACGAUGGAGAUGGCUUCAUAUCUGCCAAGGAAUAUAACGUCUACCACCAUGAUGAACUGUAACAGAACAUUGCUAUAAAGUCUGUGUGGCAGGAAUGGGGAAUUUUUAGCACUUCUGAUCUUGUUGGACUCCUGCUGCCAUCACUCCUAGACAGCAUAACCAGUGAUCAGGAAUGAUGGGAGUUGUAGUCCAACAACAACUAGAAGACCACACAUUCCCCAUUCCUGUUUUAUGGACCUUAGUGUCCAGUCUAGCAGUUCCUUCCAUGUGCACAUAGAGCUUCCCCAAGGACUCUCCAUGCCCACAAGGACAUCCACAAUCAUCACUUUAGUGGAGGGGACACAGCUGCAGUCACAUCAUUGCCCACCCCAUGGAAGUCAAUGUGAAACCCUGCUUGUUGAGAAGCCCACAUUUUUGAGAAUACACAUGAAGACGUAGCUGGGGAUUUGGCACUACAUUUACAACCAACUGAACACCUUUAUAAUAAUCUUCAGCCCCAUUGAUUUCUCUGGGACUUGUCCAUUAGAUUAAUGGCUUUAACUGAUACAUUCUGAAAUGGAAGUUCUUUAUGUCACAAAACAUUUUGUGUUACGUUUGUUGUGGUAAAUUUUUGUACGUUUUUAUCAAGUUUAAAAUUGUUAUUGAGAGGUAACUAGAAUUUGAUAAACGGUGCCAUUAAAAAUAAAAGUGAAAAGGGGAGCACUCCAUAUGCUUUGUAAUCUUUAUGAAACUCUCUGAAUUAGAGGUGUAAGAAUUAACAAAGUAUUAACAAGGAGAACAUUUCUGGUAUACCAAAUACAGACAACGUAGUUGCUAAUGUUCCAUCCCUAAGUAAUUUCCCUAAUGGGACGUACAAUUCAGCUUCAGAAGUAAUUUUGAGCAGGGGAGUGGCAGAGACAAAGGAUGCAAGAUCCUUUUGCUGCUUGGUGUUUUUUGCUCCAAAUUGCUUCCCCUCCCCCCUACCAUACCGACAUCUUUUCUCCCCACAUGGUUCAAAUUCAUUUUAAAUUUUUGAAGCAAAGAAGAGUUACCCCUCAGCUGCUUCACCAACCACCCUUUAAUGGCACUGAGGCUUAUGCUUUCACAUAAUGGCUUGGUUCGCACAUUAUGCUAAACCAUGGUUUGUUUAACCAAAGUAUGGUUAACUGCAACAUACAAAACCAGCCCAGUAGAUUAACCAUGGGUUUUUAUUGUUAUUUUGGCCACAAACCACAGUGUGAAACCAUGAUUUGUGCUUGGCUUAUGAACUGCGGCUUGUUUCAACUAUGGUUUGGUCUUAUGUCUGAACCCAACAGCCUUACUUACCCAUUUUUAUUUUUUGGCCAUCCCCACCCCAGACACCAAGCUACACAGGCAGAAGAUAAGAGCAGCUGGAAAACAUACCAAACUUUGGGGGGGGGGAUCAUAGCUUGUUUUGCUUAUCUGUGAGGUAAUUGAUGGUUUGUUGAACAAACCAUGUUUAGAACAAGGUAUGGCUUAGCAUUAUGUGUGUACACAGCCAACAUGAAGUUAGCAAGCUUAUGAACUUAUGUGAUAACGCCUAGAUUAUUUCACAUCCCAACAUGAUUUGGAUGUUUUCUGUGUUUUUUCACUAAAGCAGACAUAUGAGAACCAGUAGCUGGGAGUAGGGAAAAUAACUUUAGGGGGAGUGGUGUAUGUACAUCAAAAGUAUUUAUCUACUGAAGUGUGAUGUCACAGGUUAGAAUUCCUCAUGUCAUUUGUAUGAGAAGGCAAGAGUUGAUUUUGGCCUGUCCACUGAUUCCAUUCACCUUGCGUAGAUUGGGGGUGCCAAAUGAGAACAUCUGAGAUUUGUAAAAAAAAUCCAGUGAGGAUCUGCUUUCAUUUUUCAGAGUGUGCUAACAUUCUGAAAAGAAUCCCAUAGAAGUAGUAAUAGGGUGGUGGUGGUGGUGGUGGCGCUGGCGGGUUACAACAAUUCCAAACACAUAAUUAAAAGCAGUUGAAAACAACUUAAACAUCACAGAAAUACAGUGGGUCCUAAAAAUAUACAUCUCAGGUGCUGAAGGCCAGGGUAAAGAGUUGCUUCUUCAGCAUUCGCCAAAAGUUGUACAAUGAAGAUGCCAGAUGCCCCUCGGUGGGGAGGGAGUUCCACAGCUUGGGGGCUAAGACAGCAUGCCCUCUUGGGCCACCCUCCCCCAAAUUUCCAAGGGUGGCGGAACUACCAAAAGGGCCCCCUCUGUUGAUCUCAGCACCUGAGAAGAUCUGUAGGGAAGAAGACAGUCUUUCAGAUAUUUGGGACCAUGAGCACCUUGACAUAUAGCCCAUUAGAGCAGCAAUCACAUACCAAGGUAGUCUGUAAAUAAAGACUUUUAAUCCUAUACAAAACUUGUACACACACAAAAUCCCAGUCUACUGGUACAAAUAUUUUAUUUCACCAUAAUUUAUUGACUUCAGCCAUAAUUUGUUGUUGGAACAAUUAAAUCUGAGUAGAUUUUUUUUUAAUGAUCUAGAUUUUUUUUAAAUCCCUUUCCACUCCACACAGUGUGUUUGAUUCUGAAUACUGAACGCUUGGUAGUGUAAUAAAGAUGUUUUUAUAAAAAAUAAAUUUGCAUGAGUUUUAGAAAAAGGUGGAUUUGUUGUAAGAAGUAUAGUGAUCUUUCAAGCAUCAAUAUCAAAAUCCUGAGUGCAAAGAUCAUGUGCACUUGCUGAACAAGCAGCACUGUUGGCUUGGCCAGGAGUGCUCUCAGGCUCCCACACACACCCAAACGCACACAUAAAUUGAUUCGGUGCUCUCCUCCAAAACAGUUGAUUGAUGUUAUCAGAUAACAGUACCAACCAAUUUGUUCAGUUACAUGUACAGUACCAGUGCAGCACAGCUUAAGAAGUAGAACGCCAGCAGCUUCGUUUUGCAUGCAUGUGAUUAGUUCCACAAGACGAUCUGCAUGAGAGAGCAAACCUUUGUGUGCAAGUUACCAUUGCUGCAUCAGUGUGCCUGAUAUUUUACUACUGGAUGUGUUCCUGCUGUAGGGUUCCAAUUUGGCCAGGAUUAAUUUGCACUUAAAUUGCAGUUGGGGGAAAUCUGUUUUACAUCUGUUUCCUAGAUUUCUUGAAAGGAGCCGUGAGGAUGGUUCUAGAACAGAAUGCAACUAUUCUCAGGCUUAGAUGUGUAUAAUAAUAUAUUUUUUCAUAGGCAUCAUUGUCUAUAUUCCUAAAUGUUAUAUACGGCACCCAUGUUUCAUUCUCCCAUUUCCUGCAGUAUAUGGGCAAAGCAAAGUAUCAUCUGUGUGGAAAUAGCCAUGUAAAUAGUACAGGAGUUAGGUUUUGUAUUACUGAUCUAAAUGUAUUGCUUUUAGAAAACUUAAAUGCAAAUUAAGUCUCACCAAAGGAAUCCAAGGUCAGUGGCUGUACUAUAUUCAUACCUAAAGAGAAUCAGAUGUUUAAUCCCUUCUAUUUUUACUAAUGCACUGGUAGAUAAAUAUUUAGCAGAAAUUCUAGACUGCCCCAGCAGUGCCAAUUUUAACAUGCAAUUUUAAACACAGUAGUAGAUACUGACACCUAAUGGCUAAGUGUUAGUGAUAUUAGACUGUAAAUAAUACACUGCAUCAGAUACGUAAAAAAAAAAUAAUGUGACUUUUUAUUUCAAAAUGGUAUAUCUUUAUUACAAAAAAUAUUAUUUUCAAAUACAUCAAAAGGCACCAACAAUAGCAAAUCUAACAUUUUAAAAACACUAAUCCUGCUCUAUAUUAAUUAUAAAUACGGACUAAGGAAAGAGAUGCAAUGGGGGCACUGACAAAUUUAAAUGGGAACAUUAUGUCAUACUAACAUUUAGUUUUUAUUUCUCUGUUUAACUUGAGCAAACACAAACAUGUUCGUAAUCUGAUACUUCAAUUAAAUAUUUAUAAUAUAUUUUCAUCACUGUCUUACCGUGGUGGUGUUAAGGUGAAACACAUUCUUGUCUUUAGACAAAAGCAAAUGUUUGCAAAUUACUUUUACAUAUACACAAAUUACGUCUAUACAUCAGUUUAAAUAUUUUUAGAUUUUUUAAAAAAUGCUGUUUUGAGUUUCUAACUCAAAAGUAUAUGUUAGCUAUUUCAUAUUAGGCAAUUAGAAAGCAUUAACUAAAAAGACAUCACAUGCAGGAAGUAAUUCUAUGAAGUUCUUGUUCACAUAUCUUUAAAAACAUGGAAGGAAAGAAAAGCACCUGUGGCUCCACAUUUUAAGCUUUCGCACUCAAAACUCAUUAGGAAUUCUAUGGCACAAUCGCACCUCAGUAUACAUACAGGGCUGGAUCCAAAUCAAUUUUAGGUCUCAUUAACGUUAGAGUGAAAAGCUAGAUGUAACUUAAAUUAAGCCCCACUGAUUUCAGUGGGAAUUCAGUGCAACUAACUCAAGCUGGAUCCAACCCAUAUGCAUUUGUAGGAAAUGUUACUUCACUCUCUUGUGCCAGAGGUCAAAACAAGGCACAGCAUGUAGUCGUACAAACUUUUGUCCAUUAAAGGAGCACUCAAGACAACCAUAGACUGUUUCUCUUCUGGAACUCCCCAUUCCACACAGGGAACAAGGACCUUUGGGGAUAUUGUUAUUAAGUAAAUUCACUCGUAUAUGAGCCCCUUCUUGGAAGUAGCUUGCGGAGACGUCAGUCAUGCUUGCAGCUUUUUCAUAGUAGUCUGCGAAAAUGUUGUCUAAAUAAUUAUCUGGGUGAGCAAUGAUAUCCAUUACCCUUUUAUCUGUAAAAAAACACAGAAGAAAUAUUGUUAAAUUCUAGUGACGUAUUAGAAUGGUCACUCACUGAAGAAAUACAAACUGCUCCUUCAGUCCAGAAUCUACAAUAAUUGUUACAUCCUAACAAGUUCAUAAAUAGUAUAAUUUUUCCUCUUUAAUGUAGAUGAUGUCCACCUUUUAGUACAAAAUAUAUUAUAAAGUGUUUUAUUUCUUUUAUAGCAAGUGAGAAUUCAUAAAUCAACUUGUAAAGUAUACAUAAGCAUCUGACAAUUUUAGUGCAUUAUUUAUUCACUAGAAAUUCUCAGAAUCUGCUUCAAGAAAACUCUGAGUGUUGAUAUUCCUAUUUUAAGUUGUGAACCUGGAGAUAAACUGUUUGGAUUGGUUCACUUUUUAUAUUAAUUACAAAAGCUUGUAUCCAACUAAGUCAUACUCAAAGCAGACCCAUUGAAAUAACUUAACUCCAUUUAUUUUAAUGGAGUAUGACUUAGUUGGAUACAACUCAAAGAACACUAUGCAGAAUCAGAGCUUGGAAAAGUUACUUUUUUUGAACUACAACUCCCAUCAGCCCAAUCCAGUGGCCAUCCUGGCUGGGGCUGAUCGGAGUUGUAGUUUUAAAAAAGUAACUUUUCCAAGCUCUGCGCAGAAUACACUCAUUGAAAUUAAGACAUGACUAACAAAGGUUCAUUAAUUUCUAUGGGUCUAUUCUGAGUAGGAGUUGAAUAAAACCCAUUAUUACCUCAAAAUAAACCAUGUUGUUUCUCUGUUCAUACCACAAAAAGUUCAAUAUGAAAACCCUGUGCUAACCAGGACUUUUUAAACUUUAGAAACCUUCAGUGGCAAGAAACCAACUAUGUGUACAAUAUGACUAAUGUAAGAUCGGGGUUAAGCAGCUUGUAGUAAUGCACUAACUAUUACCCAACAAUAAAUUGAAGCCACUACUGUGACUUGUGGCCCUGACCCAAGUGUUGUGCACUUAUCUCUACCUGGAUGAGGAACUGUCCAUCAAAACACAUCCACAGCGCGAGUCAGGAAAAAAAAUGUAUCAAUCAGCUGCUGGCAGGAAGAAGAGGUAGACUAAACCUAAAACUAAACCCAUUAAUUUCUCCUUCUAAAGCUGAUCAACACUUUCACCAGUGUUCUACAUGAGGUUAUGCACACACCUGAAUGCAUGGAAGAUUUUUAAUGCAUAUGUGCUCCUGAACUAGAUCAUACCACAGGUUUGGUAGCAAGCACAACAAGAAAUGGAGUAGGUAAGAAUUUUUAAAAUACUGUAAUGCGCCCACAAUAUUGAUUCCAAAAACCAUAUUAUGGCAAAUCCUUUAUUAUGUGUAGUCCCUGGGGCAUUCAUGUAAUUGUUGCAAUGCAUAUGUAUGGCUAUUUUUAUAUGUAUACUUUAAGAGGUUAAGAUUUGCAAAUGGAAGCUUAUAAUGAUGUUUUUCUCAACUUUGAGCACCUGCAAGAAGUUCAGCUUGUUAGAUUGGGUCAAGGAAUGGUCAAUGGGUAAACAAUCUACACCAAGCUGUGUCUUAUCUAGGAGGCUAAUGGGCUGGGGAAGAACCAUUUGAUGUACUCUCAAGGAUAGUAGCCUUGAAGCUGAUCCAGAUAGCUCUAAUGAGCCGCACAUGUCAAGGAACAGUAGCACAUGUGCCCAGGGAGAGUGGCAUAGAGAGGUCAAGAUGACCUGUUUACACCAGAACAGUGUCCUCUCAUGUAGAUAGGAUAAUCCAUCAAGUGCCUUGACACCCUAGAUCAAGAGACUGUGAUACUUCAAAGAUAGUGAGAUAGUAGCCAUAGCCUAUUAGACAUAGGAAAGCUUUGAUGCCUAGUCUGAUAUAGCAUAGCUAAUCAUGUAUCCUGUCAAGAUGCAAUGAUCUGAUGUAAGAUAGCGGCUAAUGACGUAUUCCGUCACCAUUGUGCCUUGCCAAGAUUUUCCCUAUAAAAGGCACCCAUGUAGCCCAGUUUGGUGUUCAGACUGCAAGAGUCUAUGCCAGGACCUUGCAGCCCGUUCUAUGUUAUGG